GAUCCAGCACAGACUGUGGGUAGCUCCAAUUGCAUGACACUAGUGGAGAACCGCAACGGCGACCUGUACAUCUCCUGUACGAUGCCUUCCAUUGAGAUUGGCACCAUUGGCGGGGGCACCGUCCUCGGCCCACAAGGCGCCUGUCUACAGCUUAUUGGCGUGAAGGGCGUCUCGCAGACGACACCGGGCGCCAACUCCUCGCAGCUCGCCCAGGUGGUCUGCGGCACGGUGCUGGCGGCGGAGCUGUCGCUGCUGUCGGCGCUCGCCGCCGGCCACCUGGUGCGCUCCCAUAUGAAGCACAACCGUUCGAACAUCAACAUCAACCUGGAGGCCACUCCGGCGUCCUUACUCAACGCCAACAACCAGUAG